AUGAAAGACGUAGAAUAUAGUUUAGGAGUUAAGCAAAUUUCAGAAACCAAGUUUCAAGGUAAUGCUCCAUUAUCAAAACCUCACCCAUCUUCUCGUGGAGUUUAUGGUGGGAACCUUGCUGGACAAGCGUUACUUGUGGCAAUUAGAUCUUCACCGAAAGGAUUUACUCCACAUGCUCUUCAUUCAUUUUUUGUUAAGGCAACUUCACCAGACUCGGUAGUUGAUUGGGAGGUCCAGGUCAUUAGUCAAGGUAAUAAUUUUUGUAAUAGACUGGUUAAAGCUAUCCAAGAUGGAGAGAUCAAGUACAUUGCCAAUAUUUCGUUAACAAGAAAAAAUUCAAAUAAGGAUGCCACUGAGAAAUAUUUAAACUAUAGGAAAAGGAUAGAAGAACAAGGGGAAGAAGAUGAUGAGACUCAUGUUCAGAAACCAUUUGGCUUUGGAACACCUUAUCCUAAGUGGCUCAAAGAUUCACCUCCUGAAAGUUUGAAUUUAGAUGAUAGAAGCAAAGAGAGACUAAUUUAUCACAAGAUCACUCCAGAAAUGGUUCACCUAGACAAAACUGAAAAUGAAAACGAAAUAGCACCUAGUGAAAGAAAAUUGUCAUUCUAUGUCAAAUGGGGAAAUGACGGUGAAGUUGAGAUAAAGGAUCCUGCGUUCCAAUAUGUUGGGUUGGGAGUUUUAUCUGAUUCGUACUUCUUGACAAGGUUGGCAAGAAUAUUACGGAUUCCUGAUAUUAACCAUUUCAAUACCAUCCUGUACUUCUCUCUUUCAUUGGACCAUAUAAUGUAUUUUCACGACACUGAUUUUGAUGUUACUCAAUGGAUGGGGUUUAGCUUCAAAAAUGUUAGGUUUGCCAAUAAUAGGGCUUUAUUAGAAGGAGAAAUGUAUAAUGAGAAAGGGGUUCACGUUGCCUCCAUUAUCCAAGAAGGUUUGGUACAUUUUAAUGGCAUAGAAGAAAGGGCUAAGUUAUAA